AUGCAGUCAAGGCACAAAGGAACUGCUAUUGUAUACACCGGCGUGAUUGACUGCUGGAGGAAGAUUACUUGUGAUGAAGCAAACAGUGCUUUUUUCAAGGGUGUGUGGUCUGCUGUGAUCAGAAGUGUGAGUGCUGCUUUUGUGUUUGUCGUGCCGCCGCCGCCGCCACCGCCGCCGACCCCGGCGACCCCGACGUCCUCGGUGUCCACGCUGGACCUCGGCGAGCAGCGUGAGCGCUGGGAGACGUUCCAGAAGCGGCAGAGGCUCACCUUCGAGGGCGCCGCCAAGCUCCUGCUGGACACCUUUGAGUACCAGGGCCUGGUGAAACACACAGGAGGCUGCCACUGUGGAGCAGUCCGCUUUGAAGUUUGGGCCGCAGCAGACCUGCACAUCUUUGAUUGCAACUGCAGCAUUUGCAAGAAGAAGCAGAAUAGACACUUCAUUGUUCCAGCUUCUCGAUUCAAGCUCCUGAAGGGAGCCGAGAGUUUAACCACAUACACGUUCAACACGCACAAAGCGCAGCACACCUUCUGUAAGAAAUGUGGUGUUCAGAGCUUUUACACUCCCCGCUCUAAUCCCGGAGGCUUCGGAAUCGCCCCACACUGUCUGGAUGAGGGCACCGUGCGGAGUGUUGUCAUUGAGGAAUUCAAUGGCAGUAAUUGGGAGAAGGCCAUGAAGGAGCACAAGACCAUUAAGAACAUGUCUAAAGAGUGAAUCCCUGCUUCUCCCUUCCUGAAAAGGAGGAAUGAUUGGGGCCAGCAGUUUGGCUGUCCCCGCUGCACCUUGAUGGUGCUCUUGAUUGUGGCUGAACCAGGCUGCCAGUUCCAUGAGCAGCAGUCACCUCAUUUUGCUCCAGCUCCCUCUUUCUUUAGGCAGCUCUUUGCCCUUCCUUAACCCAGAUUUUGAUGUAGACUUAGUUGACAUCCUACUUUCUCUUCCCCAACUUUUGUGUGAUCUUUUAGAAAAAUAAAUAUUUUUAACAUAAAAGCAA